GCCACGGUCCCAGCUUGCCCUGCGCGGGCCAACGAGAGCAAAUCCAGUGACUCACCUCCGCCGCGCUAACUCCUCGUUCGCUCGCGCCUCACACACGCUCACACCCGGCUCGAGAUGGCGGCGGCCGCGGCAGCGGCGGGGGACUCCGACUCCUGGGACGCGGACACGUUCUCGGUGGAAGACCCGGUGCGGAAGGUCGGGGGCGGCGGCACCGCCGGCGGAGACCGCUGGGAAGGCGAGGACGAGGACGAGGACGUGAAGGAUAACUGGGAUGACGAUGAUGAAGAAAAAAAAGAGGAAGCAGAAGUAAAACCAGAAGUAAAAAUUUCAGAAAAGAAAAAAAUAGCAGAGAAGAUAAAAGAGAAAGAACGACAACAGAAGAAAAGGCAAGAAGAAAUUAAAAAGAGGUUAGAAGAACCUGAAGAACCUAAAGUACUAUCACCAGAAGAACAGUUAGCAGAUAAACUACGGCUAAAGAAAUUACAGGAAGAGUCAGACCUUGAAUUAGCAAAAGAAACUUUUGGUGUUAAUAAUACAGUUUAUGGAAUAGAUGCUAUGAACCCAUCUUCAAGAGAUGAUUUCACAGAGUUUGGAAAAUUACUAAAAGAUAAAAUUACACAAUAUGAGAAGUCACUAUAUUACGCCAGUUUUUUGGAAGCCUUAGUUCGAGAUGUGUGUAUUUCAUUGGAAAUCGAUGAUUUGAAAAAGAUAACCAAUUCAUUGACUGUACUUUGCAGUGAAAAACAGAAGCAGGAAAAGCAAAGCAAAGCCAAAAAGAAGAAGAAAGGUGUGGUUCCUGGAGGGGGAUUAAAGGCCACCAUGAAAGACGAUCUGGCAGAUUAUGGUGGUUAUGAUGGAGGAUAUGUACAAGACUUUGAAGACUUCAUGUGACAUUUUACCUUCUCUGGUGUCUUUCUGUUGCCCACAAUCCCUUCAACAUGUAGCACAACUUCCUUUCCUUUCAGUUCUGCCAAAUGCUACAAUCAGAAGUGCAGUAUCUUUUGUGCUGGUUAUUUAACCCCUUGACUCUUAGGUGCUAAUGUGCAAAUGAGGGAACUUGGAUCUUGCUGCCAAGGGGUUAAAAUUGGGAACCUCAGUUGCUACUAAAUCAUAGUUUUAAAAUCAAUUCUAAUAAUGUUGUCAUUGUUGCUGUCUGAUUCCAUAGCAACAGUUACUAAAUUGGAAACAAAGGUUGCAACAUGACAAAAAAAAUUGUGUAGUAUUUACCAGCACCAUUCAGUAAUACAGCCUUAACCAUACCUCCUUGAACUACUUCAUAACUUGUCAAGAAAAGCAGUUUGCAGCAAGGGCAUGUGGUGUGCACCUAGUAUUAAAAUUGCUUUGUCUUAAAAUUGAGCGUGAGGAUAUUAAAAAAAAUUGUGGAGAAGACUUAUCUCAGUGAAGAUACGACGGCUGCAAAGCACUAGUUUGAAACUUAAAAAUUAAGUGACCAAAAUCCUCCAACUUUGAAGCUGAAGAAGGUAAACCUCUCCAUUAUUGCGUUAUAAGUUGUGGAAUCUCUUGACUGCAUAAACUGUCCAGUUCUUUAUAUUUAUCAACUAUUCUACUGAUGGAGUGCUUCAUACGGGGGAGGGAAACCCUUUACCUGUUUUAUUUGCCUGAUUUUAAGUGUCUGAGAAACAAAUCUCCUUUGUUCUCCUAGGCUGCAAUGAAACAAUUUAACAGGGUUUUGGCAUUUCCUUUCCUUUAUAAAACAUGCUCAGCAAACUGCACCAGUUACUACAGUUUGGUAAAUUGUUAUGUUAACAAUUAUGACAUCUGCAAUGUUUUAUAAAGCAACUAAUUUAAUAAAAUCACUAUUGUGAGGACUUAAAUUUGUGUUACCUCCCAAGAGAUAUUUUUGAAGAAUAUAGAACACAGCUCUUGGGACUAGAGUUCUCUAAUACUUGUAACACUUAGUAAAUGUGUGACAGGUAGUUACAGCAUUACAACAAAAAUGAUUUGCUGGGUCCUUAAUAGUGUUACCUUUGAGCAACAAUGGUAUAUAAAAAAACUGCCUUUUUAUUUAUUUUGGGAAAUUUAUCUGUUUAGGUACCAAGGCCUAACUAUCUAAAAACUAUUUAUUUGGAGUAAUUGAGCUUAUAACUCAGGUUAUGGCUGUAAACAGACUGGGUGAUGAUCUUUAUAUUAUAUAUUGUCUUUCAAGUGAUUUAACCAAAUUUGUGGUUGGAGUUUUAUUUUUUUAACUGUCACAAUCAAAAAUAGGGAUGGAAUUUAAAGUGAUUUUAAUUUCUCCAUAGGAAAUAAGGAGCCGAAAGCUCUGUAGACCACUAAGUGGAAGAACAGGACCAUCUAAAUGAUUUUAAGAUUAACAAAGCAGUGACUACACAGCAAUAAUUAUAACAAAAAUUAUUUUAAGGCAGACAAGGGCUAAGAUUUCCUUAGCAGUAAUAAUGAUAAAUGAAUUUAAAAUCUAUUUUAUUAUAGAGAUCAGUUUCUAACAAAUGGAAAUGUAUCAUCUGUUCCUUAACUGUGUAAAUAAUAUUAAAUUCCUUUGAAACUGGAA